CAUAAGAAAGCAGCCCCACCCUGGGUCUGUCUGCAGGAGCAGAGAGCAGCUGCAGCAGAAAGCUCCCAUCAGCAGGUCAGAUCCCGUCCUGGUUCCGAUCCAACCGACUGGACCUCCGCGUCUCAGCUCAGAUCCCCCCACCCCCCCUCAGACAUGCUCCCCCCGGGACUCAGCGUGGCUCUGCUGGCCGUGUCCUGCGCCCUGUGGCCGCCUGCAGUCCGGGCGGCCGCCUGUGAGCCGGUCCGGAUCCCGCUGUGCAGAUCCAUGCCGUGGAACAUGACCAAGAUGCCGAACCACCUCCACCACAGCACGCAGGACAACGCUGUGCUGGCCAUCGAGCAGUUCGAGGGGCUGCUGGGUACGGGAUGCAGCCCAGAUCUUCUCUUCUUCCUGUGCGCCAUGUACGCUCCCAUCUGCACCAUCGACUUCCAGCAUGAGCCCAUCAAGCCCUGCAAGGCGGUGUGUGAGCGAGCCAAGUCCGGCUGUGAGCCGGUGAUGAAGAGGUACAACCACAGCUGGCCCGACAGCCUGGCCUGCAGCGAGCUGCCGCUGUACGACCGCGGCGUCUGCAUCUCUCCUGAGGCCAUCGUCAAGGCAGAAGGACCAGACCCGUACCUCCAGGACCCGUCCAGGUGUCAGAACCCAGAGUCCGGCUCUGACGUUCCGAUGGAUCCCAGCAGCUUCCACUGCCGAGGACCAAAUGGAGAUCGCUGCAAGUGUAAAACGGUGAAAAUGGGCCAGAAGACCUACGUGAAUAACAACUACAACUACGGUGAGCCAUGAGACGCUUUAACGGGA